AUGUCUUCAUUCAAAGGCAAAGUCGUUGCCAUAACAGGCGCAGCAUCCGGUAUGGGCCUCGCCACAGCAAAGCUCCUCGCGUCAAAAGGCGCUCUGAUCUCCCUCGCCGACAUCAACGAAGCCAACCUGAAGACCGCUAUCGCUUCACUCCCCUCGAGCGACCAGCAUAUCUACACUGUCGUCGAUGUGCGGAACAGCGGACAAGUAAACGCGUGGAUCGAGGGUACAGUUAAGAAGUAUGGAAAACUUGAUGGCGCGGUCAAUAUGGCAGGCGUGAUUGCAAAGGCGACACCCGUGAAGGAGGUGACGGAUGCGGAUUGGGAUUUCUCGUUUAGUGUGAAUACAAAGGGUGUUUUUAAUUGUUUGAGGGCACAGUUGAAUGCUAUGACUGAUGGUGGGAGCAUAGUUUCUGCAGCGAGCGUAUUCGGACAAUUCGGAGCACCUGGUAAUGCAGCUUACUGCGCGAGUAAAGCGGCUGUCAUUGGGUUAUCGAGAACGGCAGCAAAGGAAAAUCAGAAGAUCCGUGUCAACUGUGUGGCACCAGGAUCUGUUAAUACACCGAUGUCUCAGGGUGAGGAUCCUGAGGAUGUGAAACGUGGUCUCCAGGUGACGGCGCAAAAGAGGAGGGCAGAGCCAAUUGAGAUCGCCAAUGUUAUUUCCUUCCUUUUGAGCGACGAGGCUUCCUUUGUGACUGGAGCCGUAUAUAAUGUAGACGGCGGGUGGGUAUGUUAG